UUUCGUUCGUUCCAACGAAAUCUUUAAAAUAUUUAAUUCUUAGAUUACCAAAAUCAGAUCGAAUUCAUUCCCUAAAUCUUUGAAACUUCUAACUCAAAUUUGUCCUUCAUAUUUAUCUUUUUCUCUAUUUUUUUUUUCACUUGACACACACAAAAAUUUUGGUCAUGAAUUGUUCAGUAUUCUUGGUAUUCUUGAUUCUAUCAAUUUCAAUUACAGUUUCAAGUGGAUCUCAUCAACGUGCAAUUCUUAGAGCAAUCAUAAAAGAAAAUAAUAACAAAGAUGGUGACUUUGCUAUUGAUUUGAAUGCCACCAACUUUGAUUCUAUCCUUAAAGAAACUCCUUCCCCUUUUGCCAUUGUUGAAUUUUUUGCUAACUGGUGUCCUGCCUGUAGAAAUUAUAAGCCACACUAUGAAAAGGUUGCAAGACUCUUUAACGGGGCAGGUGCUAGUCAUCCAGGAAUCAUAUUAAUGACAAGGGUAGAUUGUGCAUCGACGAUAAAUUCUAAUCUUUGUGACAAGUUCUCUGUGGGGCGUUUCCCAAUGCUUUUUUGGGGCCCUCCUAAGAAGUUUGUCGGCGGUGGUUGGGAUCCAAAACAAGAAAAGAGUGCAAUACUUCCUAUUGAAAAUUUUCGAACUGCUGAUAUAUUGCUUGAGUGGAUAAACAAACAAUUGGGAAGCUCAUAUGGUUUCGAUGAUGGAAAAUACGAGAAGGAGCAUCUUCAGGCAAACACUUCAGAUCCGGGCCAGAUUGUGAAAGCUAUCUAUGAUAUUGAGGAGGCAACAUCUACUGCGUUUGGUAUUAUUUUAGACCACAAGAUGAUUAUACCGGCAACUCGGGCAUCACUUAUAAAGUUUCUUCAACUUUUGGUGGCUCAUCACCCUUCUAAGAGGUGCCGGAAGGGGAGCGCGGAUGUACUUGUUGACUUUGAUGAUCUGUGUCCAUCAAAGACGAUGUUGGUUAAUAAUGAGGAAGCUGAAAGUUGUAGCAAAAAGGGAGCACUGGGAAAUUACCAGAUUUGUGGUAAAGAGGUUCCUCGUGGAUAUUGGAUGUAUUGUCGUGGCAGCAAGAAUGAUACUAGAGGUUUUAGUUGUGGUUUGUGGGUUUUGUUACACUCACUCUCCGUAAGAGUGGAGGAUGGAGAAAGCGACAUGGCAUUUAGAAGUACAUGUGAUUAUAUACACAACUUUUUCAUUUGUGAGGAGUGCAGGCAACACUUCUAUGAAAUGUGUUCAAGCGUAUCCAGUCGGUUCAAGAAAGGACGUGAUUUUGCCCUCUGGUUGUGGAGUGCUCACAACAAAGUCAAUGAAAGACUAAUGAAAGAAGAAGCAUCCCUAGGAACCGGUGAUCCUGAAUUUCCAAAAGCUAUUUGGCCUCCAAAACAGCUUUGUUCCUCGUGUUAUCUCAGCUCAAGCAAAACGAGUAAGGAAAAUAAUAAGAUCAAUUGGAAUGAAGACGAGGUCUUUAAGUUUUUGGUCAGUUACUAUGGGAAAGAACUAGUAACUCUUCACAAGGACAAGCAACAACAAACCGGUGGUCAGACUGAAACAGCAGUUACCGAAGAGGUGUUAGCCUCGACACAUGCAGUUGUGGUUCCGGUGGGGGCCGCGUUGGCUAUUGCAGUUGCGAGCUGUGCAUUUGGAGCGCUUGCCUACAUCUGGCGAUCACGACAAAAGAACCGGAAGUAUAAAUAUAUAUACUCUUUAAAGAAUAUAUGAUUAUUGUACCAGUAAUACAAUCAUUUUGAGUAGGUAUAAAAGAGCCAACAUAAUUGAUAUGAAGGAUAGAGGAGUUUCUUAUCUUUUUUCCUCUUACCGGAACAUUUCAGGCCACGAAGAAGCUGGAACUGAGUUUGUUAAACGGGACAGGUCCGGUCAUCGCUGUAAUUAUAGUUGACAAACAAGUCAAAUGAAGCUUAUAUUGAACAAGUUGAGAGAGUUGUAAUGUAUCACUUGUACUGGAAAUUCUUGUACUUCUUUCGUGUGCCCUAUUUUUACCAGACGGGGUGUACAGAUUUACAUUCUAAAGUGUCGAUGAGGAAGUAAUUAUCCGAGAACCUGCAUUUUCAACCCCCCGCCCCUCCGCUCCCCCUAUUGGUCUCUUUCCGCCUAGUCUUGUAUGUUUUUUUUAUUCUGCAAGUUGUGAUGAUCACAAGAUACUAUUAGGUCUGGUUUGUGGGAUGUUCCGAGUCAAUUACACAGGUUAUGCUGAUCACGAAUAUGUUUCUGGUCCGCUAUGUUCAGAAUUUUUUUGAUAAUAGUGGUGUCAAGGACAGCUUGUGUCUCCAUCAACUAUUCAACUGAGUAUUUGAUUCUGCAAGUUAAGAAGAUUAGGUCUUGUUUGUGGAAUGUCAUUUCCAAGUCAAUUACACAGGUUAUGCUGAUUAUGAAA